AUGAAAUAUCAAACACUGGAAAAAGAACACUUGGAUACUUUAAAAACAACCACCUAUGAUGCCAAAAUAGAUGUAAUAGCUAAAGCUAAAAGGUUAUCUCAUGAAACAAACAGGAGAAGAAAAGCUCAAGCUCUAAAGCGAAAGAAAGAUGCUCAGUCUGAAGAAAAAAGGAGGCAAGAAAUUCUAGCUAAGCGUCAUGAAGAACAGAAAAUUGCUACUGAAAGAUUUCAAAGAUCACAUAUCUCCCACAGUCGACCUACUAGUUCAAGAAUAUAUAAAUAUUCCUCUUCAACUGGUAUUGAUGAUGCCUUAAGAUUAGUUCGAGGUAGUCCUUCAGUAUCUCGUCAAAAUAGCUAUGUUUAUCAUGGUGGAAGGACCAGUCCUUUACCAGCAGGGAAUUAUCCUUCUGAUCCCCUCAAUAGACCCUAUGUUAAUAGCCAUAAAACACGGCACAACCGUCCUGUCUCACCAACAUCACCUCAAUCUAGAGAACAUAAUGAAUUGAUGGACAAGAGUUUGAGGAAUUGGAAUGAUAGUAGAAGUUUAUUUGAACAACAAUUAGAACAACAUCAACAACUGUUAUUAGAUCAACAACAGAAGUCGCUGUAUGAGUUUAAUGAAGCUAUAUCUAAUGAAAUAGCCAGUGAUAGGAAAGUCAAUGGGAUUGAAGAUGAAGAAGACAAAAGUUUAUCUCGAAUUAAAAACAGUGAAAGUUUCUCUAGUGUGGAUAGCCUAGAGGAUAGUUUAAACUUUAAAAACAAAAAACAUUUAAAUGAAACUUACACAUCUGAUUCUAGAAAUGACAUUGAUCUUUUGGCACAUAAUUUGAUUUAUCCUAUUUCUGCAUCUAGUGGUGCCAAAGAUUCAUUUUAUCUGGAAUCUAGACAUGAUAAAGAUUAUGAAAAACCACAACAGAUAAACCAGUCUUAUUCGGAUAUACCUAAACAGACACAUCCAUAUAGGCCUACUGUUUCUACUAUACCACAUUGUACUUCUAUGAUUCCUACUGUACCACAUUCUUCAUCUAUAUCUACUGCUGUGCUAGAGUCUAAUGCUAAACCAAUGUUUGUUUUAAAUGGCCAAUUUUUACAAGCCAAUGUACCACCUGAUACCACUGUACAGGAGAUGGAUAGACCAACAUCUAAUGUUAAAACUUGGGUUGAACCAGAGAAAGCUGAAUCAGUUCCAAACAAGUCUAAUAUAAAUAACAGGGUAUCAACAGCUUCAACUUAUGAUAUAGCUCCUACACCUCAAGUUAAACCUAGAACUAUCUUUACUUCUAAUUCUAAUAACACCACCAGUAACACUAUAACAACCCCUAAUAGUUACAAUACAGGUUCAACUAGUGUUAAAUAUAGUUCUAAUUCACAUGGUACUUAUGUUGAUAUUCAGAAACCAGACAUAGUAGCUUUUGAUCAUGGGUCAUCUGGUUUAAGGUACAAUGCAGACUCUCAAAUAGCUAGUACAGUAUCAGUUACACCACAAAAUACUGGAACAUCUGGUUUGAGAUAUGAAACAGGAUCGAUUCCUGAAACAGUGAAUACAAAUUCUGUAUCCAAUAGUAAAUAUAAGUCUGGUAAUACAAGUGCCAAGACUGCAGCUGAUGUGUCAAAUAAGACAAGUGCAAGUAAACCUGUAAAUGGCAGUAUAUUAUCAGGGACAUUACAUUUAGUUAAUGGACAAUUAGUAACCGGUACAAGUACAUUUAUAGCUACUAGUUCUCCUGUUGAUAAACCUAAAGUAUCCAAAUUCCCAGGUAGUUAUGUACAAGUAGAGGAAACACCACCUAUUAUAGAACGUAGUGAGAGUAAAGAAAAUAUUGUUGGAAUAUUAAAGAAAUCACCAAGUCUCAAUAGUUUUAAGAAUUUUGAAAGUCGAGACAGUUUAGAAAUUAUUAAACUAAAAAGACAGUCAUCAGAAGAUAGUUGUAAGAGACCUAAGUCUGGUAAAAAGAGUGUAAGGUUUGCUGAUCUCAGUGAUGAAGAAGAACCAGACAGUUUAUUGUCAUCAUUCAGUUCUGAUACAAUUAAAAAAAUUAAUCUGAAAGGUGCUAAAGGAAAAUCAAGACCAUCAUCAGCUAGAAUUGUUUCUAAAAUGUCAAAAGUUCCACCAUCAGCACCUAAACCACCAAGAGCUUCUAGUGCUGGCACCAUUCGAUCUGGAAGUAAACCUAAAGCUGCUGCCCAUAUUAUAACUCACGAUCCAUUCCAAACACAACAAUCUGAGGAAUAUUAUAAAAAUUUACAAUCACAUCUAGAAAAUAAAGUUACUGUGGUAAAUAGCAAAUUUCUGGUUAAAAUCGAAUCUUCAAAAAACAACCCUGCUGAAGUUAAUGGUAACAAUUCAGUUCAUACAGUUACUAGUAAACCACCUAUACAAUUGAAAAUGACUCAUGCUAGUAAACAUGUACCAACAGCUACUAAUAGUACUUCACCUCCUCAACAUGCUAGACCUAGCACUAAUGGUAAUUUACCAGUUUAUGAUGAGAAUGGUCUAAGAAUUGAUAGAACUCCCACUGAUGAUGAAAUAAAUCAAUUAUGGGAAACUAUGAAAUCGUGUUUACAUCCAGAUGGUGAUGAUAAAAGUCUAGCAUCGCAUGUUGAGUCAGAUUUGGCAUUAGUUACUCGACAGAAAGCACCAUUGUCCAGUACAGUUAUUGAUGGUGGAUUAUUAGGAUCUGUUGGUCAACCUACUCGUAUUGUAUCUGCUUGUCAGAGACCUUCUAGUAAAGCUUACCAAGGCCGUCAAGUGCCUCAAGCACAACCAAAUGGCUACCUGCAAAAAUACGGUCUUCUACAACAAAGACGCCAACAAGAUAAAUCAGCCAAUAAUCAUCAACCUCCUGUGAAAAAUGGCAACUUUAUGCCCCAGGUAUCUCCAUCUAAUGCACCACCAACUAAAAAAGAAGACUUAGGUCUAUCUUUAUUCUUAUCAACAAUUAAUCAUCCCCAAACACAAACUAUUACAAUAUCUAAUACAUCACAGGUAGGUCUAUCUUUAUUCUUAUCAACAAUUAAUCAUCCUCAAACACAAACUAUUACAAUAUCUAAUACAUCACAGUCACCUGGUUUUCGAGGACGUCGUCCAAUAACAGCCCAUCAAAGAAGACAUACAGAUGGAGUAGCAAGAGAUUAUUUAAUUAGAGCAGCUUCUGUCCAUUGUACAUCACAACAACAAUAUAGAUAA